AUGUUGUCCCUGAUCUCGCGCGUGCUCGCCGUGUUGACUGCCCUGUGCAUCUCCCAGACCCUCGGCGUGGCACCGACAGACGAGUACAGAGAUGCGGAUGUUGAGCAGUCAGGAUAUCUACCCAACCAUAACAUGGACCCUGCCAUUGUAGAUUCUGCAACCUUCGGUCUCCUUUGGAAGUUCUAUGCCAAACCUCUCACCUAUACACCUCUCGCUGGAGGCCCUCAGAUCCUCUUCCUGGCUUCGAGCAUGAACUACAUCCGGACCCUCGAUGCAGUGACUGGAGCUCUGAUCAACUCUCGACAGGUCCAUACCCCUUUUCUCCAAUCUGAUAUUGGCUGUACAGAUAUACCUAACUACAUCGGGAUCAUUGGUACGCCGGUCAUUGACCCGACCACGGACAUUGCAUAUUUCUUUUCCAAGACGUACAUCCCCAACUUUAGGGUGCCGGGUAAUACGGGCACCUCGAACGGCGUCUACUACUUCCACGCAGUCGACGUGAACACCCUUGAGGAUGUCUAUGACCCCAUUCUUAUCGACGGCACGUUCGCGGAUAAUGCACCCGCGAAAUACUUUGUGGGCGGGGUGGUCUUGCAGCGGCCUUCGUUAACCCAGAUUGGCUCCGUCGUGUAUGGAGCCUUUGGCGGCCAUUGCGAUCUCUUCAACUAUACCGGUCUGGUCAUAGGUGUGGACGUUAACCAGGCGAAGGUCGUCACUCAAUGGGCCGUCGAGAGCGGUCCGGUCGAAGCAGCCGCCCAGACCAAUGAUCUGCUGCAGGAUGGUGGUGGUGGCCAAGGAGGCAUCUGGAUGAGUGGCAUGGGGCUCGCAAGUGACGGGGCUCGCAUAUUCGUCGUCACGGGAAACGGUGACGGACACACCAAUAACGGAGCCCCUGCGUCUGGUUCCAGCGGCCUCCAAACUCUGGGAGAAGCAGCCAUCAAUCUGGCGCUCAACAAUACGGGCAAUGGCACGCUCUCCGUUUCCGAUUACUUCCAGCCCUACGACUACCAGAACAUGGAUGCUGCGGACCAGGAUUUUGGUUCCGGUGGCAUUGUGUUGCUGGAUCCCACGACCUUUUCCGGAGGCCCAAUUGAGAAGAUGGCGGUCACCGCAGGGAAGAAUGGAAAGGUUUACAUCUUGGAUGCUAACAACCUCGGCGGCUACAAACUCGGGAUGGGUCAGACCGAUGGGAUUCUACAGACGAUAGUUACGAACGAGGCUGUCUUUGGCGCUGCGGGUUCUUACCCUCUCGAAGGCGGAUAUAUCUACCUCACACCGGUCGGAUAUCCAACUUACGUCUAUCAGCUUGGGUUUACUUCAACGGGAAUCCCACAAUUCUCCAAGGUCGCAGAGACCAGUGAGUCUUCAGCUGGCCGUGUGGGUGUUGGUAUCCCUACCGUCACAACUUUGAAAGGAGAGCCCGGGACCGCAAUCUUGUGGAUGACAGACCCAAAUGCAGGGAUUAGAGCGUGGUACGCAGUGCCCCAGAACGGAGCAAUGCAGAGUAUCCCGAUGCCUCAAAUUGGUGGAGCCAAUAAGUUCCAGCGACCUGCCUUUGGAGAUGGUCGUGUCUACGUUACAGACAGCAAUGGUGUUCUCUAUGGUCUUGGUGCUCCUGUCAAUCUACCCCUGAAUUGUACAUCCCCCGUUGAUUUCGGCCAGGUUGCUCUUGGGACGAAGGUCACCAAAUCUCUCAACUGUACCGCCAACGUCCCCAUUACAGCGCUCGAUGGGCUCGUUCUAGGUGAUGGUUUCUUUGAAGCUAGCAAUGCAAGCUUGCCCCAGGGGCCAUUGGCUGCCGGGGAUUCCUUCUCCUUUCCUGUCACGUGGGAUCUGACCGAUGCUGAGAUAAAAAACAAUCCUAAUGCUUCUUCUGGAAGCAUCUCUCCUGGGAUCAAGAGUGCUCCCUUGACGUUGUAUACAACUAAUGGGGCUGUCGGAUAUGCAACCAUGUUUCCAAUAAGUUUGACUGGAACCGAAGUCUCAACGGCUCCCUUCCUAACACUUGCGCCGAAGACGGUUGAUUAUGGAGGAAUCGUGAUCCUAAACAACACUGCCAUACCUACCCAGUCGGGUAUCAUCACUAUUUCCAAUGCGGGAUUGUCCCCCUUGACCAUUCUAGGCUAUGGUUACACCAAUGAUGAACUGAUUGGCUCAAACCCACCUAACUUUACGAAUAGCACAUUGACCAAUGGGAUAUGGGAUCUCGGACUUGGUUUCACAGCGACGGACCUACCUGCCAUCGGAAGUCAGAUAGCACCAAACACGGCUAUUUCUGUCGACUCGACUUUCGAUCCUGUCAAUGGCGUGGGCAGCUAUAGCUCUUACUGGCAAGUAUGGUCCGACGGCGGAGAUGUCAACAUCAUCCUGGAGGGAUCUGCCUCGACGGCUCCUAUUGCCAACUUCUCAAUCAGUAAUGGCGAAGGCGGAUGGCUCCCACCUUCCAAUCUCCUGAUGGAUUUUGGUGAUGUCGCUCCAGGUAGCUCAUCGUCUCGUCAGAUCCAGAUCUGUAAUAACGGGGGAUCGUCGCUGGAGAUCGACAAGAGCAAACCCCCAAACGGUGUAUUCCACAUCAGCGAUCCUACUGAGCUUCACGAGACACAGCAGAUCCCUCCCGGCGAAUGUGCUUACGGAACGGUCCUGAUGGUUGCCAACACCGAAGAGUAUAACCAGCCAGAUCUUGUGAUCAAUAACACCUGGACUCUGAACACUAAUGACCUUAAUUUUGGGGUGCACACAGUGGAGAUCACGGCUACUGUGGUAUCUGUUAAGACUAUCAAAAGUGUUGGGGGUUACAAGUAUCAAGGAUGCUAUAGCGAGGCAACAAAUGGUAGAGCUCUAAGUGCAUUGUCACCCGCUCCAGCUACUGAUGGCUUUACCAUUGAGCUCUGCGCGGCUGCUUGCCAAGGUUAUUUGUAUUUUGACCGUGAUCUAAUGCUGACCCCCUUUUUGUGCUAUUGUGGGAACAGUCUUGGAGCAGGUUCAGUUAAUCAAACCAGUUCGGAUCCGAGCGUGAAUGGAUGCAACAUGGUAUGUACUGGUAAUGCAAAGGAGUAUUGUGGAGGCCCAGACAGACUCGACCUGUACUCGCUCAACGGCACUGCCGUCAUUUCAGCUCCUACUGGAACUUCACCACCCACAACCCCUACCUCCUCCGCUGGUCCAAUCACUGUUACCAACCUCCUAGGAUAUACCUACCUUGGCUGCUAUAGCGAAGCGACGAACGAACGUGCUCUCAACGGCUAUCUUCUUCCAAUCCCAGCUGCCAAUACCUCUGUAGAGACAUGCGCUGCAGCUUGCUCGCAGUACACUUAUUUCGGAGUGGAAUACAGCCAGGAAUGCUAUUGCGGCAACGUAAUUAAUGCUGGCUCAGUCAACCAGACGAGCAGCGACCCGGCUGUGAAUGGAUGCAACAUGGUAUGUGCAGCCAACUCGACCGAGUACUGUGGCGGACGGUCCCUCUUGAACAUGUACCAGGUGGCUCCUAUCGUCUCAUCUUCUAACUCGACAUCCUGCUUCUGUGGGAACUCGCUCGCCUCCUCCUCUACCACAAACUACACCGACUGCAGCAUGCCCUGCACCGGCAACCCCUCACAGCUCUGCGGCGGUCCCAACCGUCUCAGCCUAUACAACCAGACCACCUACACGCCACCCCGCAACCCCGCCCUCAUAAACUCCUACACCUACCUAGGCUGUUUCUCCGAAAGCCUAACAACCUCCCGACUCCUCUCAGGCGCCUCCUACACCAACAGCACUUCCAUGACGAUCGAAUCCUGCACUGCGUUCUGCAGGCAGCAGCAGAUGCCGGAUGGCGUCUACGCGGGCGUCGAGUACGCGCAGGAGUGUUAUUGCGCGGCGGAGCUACCCGAGACGGCGGUGCAGAGGGAGGAUGACAUGUGUGAUAUGCUGUGUGUAGGGGAUAGGAAAGAGUAUUGUGGGGGAAGUGAUUUGUUGAGUGUUUAUAAGUUGCAGUUGGAUGAUGAGGUGGUGAAGAGGAUGUGGGAGAUGUAA